AUGGCGUCCAUCAUGGAGGGGCCGCUGAGUAAAUGGACCAACGUGAUGAAGGGCUGGCAGUACCGCUGGUUCGUGCUGGACUAUAAUGCGGGGCUGCUCUCCUACUACACGUCCAAGGACAAAAUGAUGAGAGGUUCCCGAAGAGGCUGUGUUAGACUCCGAGGAGCUGUGAUUGGUAUAGACGAUGAGGACGACAGCACCUUCACAAUAACUGUUGAUCAGAAAACCUUCCAUUUCCAGGCUCGUGAUGCUGAUGAGAGAGAGAAGUGGAUUCAGGCCUUAGAGGAGACAAUCCUCCGGCACACUCUUCAGCUCCAGAUCAGUACCACACUUGCUUUUUUCCAGUCUUCUGGUAUCUCUCCAGUUCUUGAAUUUUCAAAAAUAAUUGGUGUAGAUUCUGGAUUUGUUCCCAGCGUUCAGGACUUUGAUAAGAAACUGACAGAGGCGGAUGCAUAUUUGCAAAUCUUGAUUGAUCAACUAAAGCUCUUUGAUAAUAAGCUUCAAAACUGCAAAGAUGAUGAUCAGAGAAAGAAAAUUGAGACUCUCAAAGAGACCACAAAUAACAUGGUAGAAUCAAUUAAACACUGCAUUGUGUUGCUGCAGAUUGCUAAAGACCAAAGUAAUGAGGAGAAGCACGCAUAUGGAUUGAUAAGUACUAUUAACCCUGUAGAUGCAAUAUAUCAGCCUAAUCCCUUGGAACCAGUGGUCAGCACAAUGCCUACCCAGACUGCCUUCCCUCCAGAGCCUGCCCCGAUGUGUAAGUCAGAGCCACGCCCAUCCUCCCUACCUGUCGGACCUGUAGUGGCUUCUUUGGGACACCCUCAGACCCCGACACCCAACAGCACAGGAAGUGGGCAUUCAGCACCCAGCAGCAGUCUGACAUCCCCAAGCCAUGUCAACUUGUCUCCAAACACAGUCCCAGAGUUUUCUUAUUCUAGCAGUGAAGAUGAAUUCUAUGAUGCUGAUGAAUUCCAUCAAAGCAGCUCCUCUCCAAAGCGCUUCAUUGAUUCCUCGGGAUCGGCCUCAGUCUUGACCCACAGCAGUUCGGGGAACAGUUUAAAACGCCCUGAUACCACAGACUCCCUCAUUUCCUCCAUAUCUAAUGGGAUGAGUGACGCUGACCUGUUUGACUCCCACGAUGACCGAGAUGACGAUGGGGAGGCCAGCUCCGUGGAAGAGCACAAGAGUGUCAUCAUGCAUCUCUUAUCCCAGGUCAGGCUCGGAAUGGAUCUCACCAAGGUGGUCCUCCCGACGUUUAUCCUCGAAAGAAGGUCCCUCUUGGAGAUGUACGCUGACUUUUUCGCACAUCCAGAUUUAUUUGUGAGCAUCAGUGACCAGAAGGACCCCAAGGACCGAAUGGUGCAGGUCGUAAGAUGGUACCUUUCUGCCUUCCAUGCAGGAAGGAAAGGGUCUGUGGCUAAAAAGCCUUACAAUCCCAUUUUGGGGGAGAUCUUUCAGUGCCACUGGACGCUGCCCAUGGAAAAUGAAGAGAAUGCGGAGCCGAUGUCUGAAGGCCCCGUGCCCUGGGGCUCCAAAAACUGCGUGACCUUCGUGGCCGAGCAGGUUUCCCAUCACCCACCCAUUUCAGCUUUUUAUGCCGAGUGCUUUAACAAGAGGAUCCAGUUCAAUGCACACAUAUGGACCAAGUCCAAGUUCUUGGGGAUGUCCAUUGGCGUGCACAACAUAGGACAAGGUUGUGUGUCUUGUCUCGAUUACGACGAGCAUUAUAUUCUCACCUUCCCCAACGGCUACGGAAGGUCCAUCCUCACGGUGCCCUGGGUCGAGCUGGGAGGAGAGUGCAACAUUAACUGCUCCAAGACCGGCUACAGCGCCAACAUUGUCUUCCACACAAAGCCUUUCUAUGGGGGCAAAAAGCACCGAAUCACCGCUGAAAUCUUCCCUCCGAAUGACAAGAAGUCCCUUUGCUCCAUCGAAGGGGAGUGGAACGGCGUCAUGUAUGCAAAAUAUGCGACUGGGGAGAACACGGUCUUCAUCGACACCAAGAAGAUGCCUAUAGUCAAGAAGAAAGUGAGGAAGCUGGAAGACCAGGAUGAGUACGAGUCCCGCUGCCUCUGGAAGGACGUCACCUACAACCUGAAAAUCAGAGACAUCGAUGCGGCCACAGAAGCAAAACACAGACUGGAAGAGAGGCAAAGAGCAGAAGCUCGAGAAAGGAAGGAGAAAGACAUCCAGUGGGAAACCAGGCUGUUCCAUGAAGACGGAGAGUGUUGGGUCUACGAUGAGCCAUUACUGAAACGACUCGGGGCCAGCAGCAAGCAUUGACCUUCAAAGGAGCAAAGGGUGUUCAGGGUGCUGCGUGCCUGGUCACCGCCAUGUUCUUUCUCUUGGCGGAACUAAGCAGCCGGGGGCUUUCAGGGGGAGCCCCCCCUUCUCUUUGCCGUGGUUCCUAUCUCAGGGAUACUGGACUUACUGAAGAUGCAGGUGAACAAUUAAAGCAGGAAACGUUUCCUUGACUCACUCAGUGGUAGGCGGCUGGCGGCAGGCACUAGAAUCCAUAUUCAGGCUUUGAAAACAUUUCUGAACACUGGCCUCGGGCUCUGGGUGUGCAUGUGUGUGCGCGCGCACACGUUCUCUAGUGCCCCUGCCAAGGGACGGAACACGUCACAUACUCUUGGGGUCUAUCGCUAUAGAAAUACACACAUACAUACAUACAUACAUAUAUAUUACACACGUAAAUAAAUAUACACACACACAUAUAGAUAUAUAAAGGAAGCCUUCACUUAACUAUCCUUUACAUCUGUAAAUACAGAUUCCUUUGAUGGGAUGGACAGUUUAUUAGAAAUUUAUUUCGCAAACUAUAAAAUCAAAUGUUUUAGCAUUUCAUUAUCACUCAAAAUAAUUUCUGUAUUUUUAUUUUUAAAUCAAACUGUUGAAUUAUAAAAACUAAGCCUUGUAGAGAGUUCAUUCCGCUACAGGCAGCAUCUUAUGGCUUCAUAAAAUAAUUUUCCAAA